GACCGCUGCCGCGGCUACUACGACGUGAUGGGGCAGUGGGACCCGCCCUUCAACUGCAGCUCGGGCGCCUACAACUUCUGCUGCGGCACGUGCGGCUACCGCUUCUGCUGCCACGACGGGCCGCGGCGCCUUGACCAGAGCCGCUGCUCCAACUACGACACGCCGGCCUGGGUUCAGACUGGCCGGCCUCCCGCGCGUGCCCGCGACGCCACGGUGCCCCGGGACCCGGGCCGCGAACGCAGCCACACGGUCGUCUACGCGGUGUGCGGCGUCGCCGCCCUGUUCGUGCUGGCCGGCAUCGGGGCGCGCCUGGGCCUGGAGAGGGCCCACAGCCCGCGCGCGCGGCGCACCGUGACCAGGACACUGACAGAACUUCUGAAGCAGCCUGGCCCCCAGGAGCCACUGCCUCCACCUCUGGACCCACCUCUGGGUAGCUGUGUCCAGGUGCAGAUGGGCGAUGGCCUCCCCCGGGGCUCCCUCCACAAGAGCACAGACAAGAAACGCCCCAUCAACGUGCCCCUGGCUUCGGCGACAGCGGGCCCCCCGCGCGCCCCGCGGCUGCAGGGCGGCGGCAGCCUGACGAGGCAGCCGGACUACGCCAAAUACGCCACCCUAAAGGCAGCCGCGCUCAAGGCCGCGGAGGCCUCCCCGCGGGACUUCUACCAGCGUUUUCCCGAGAGUGAAGCUGCCCCGCCGACCCUCCCGGCGCGAGCUCGGAGGCCUCCCGAGGACUUGCCUGCGCUGCUCGACGCCUGCCCCUGGGCCCCGCCGGGCUACGUGCCCCCCGCCGGCCCCACCCCAUCGGGCCACUACAAGGCCUGGACGGCCGGCCGCCCGGCCCAGCCCGCCCCCGGCGGCCACCUGGCGGCUCAUGCCUCCUCAGCGCCCCGGAGGCCCGGCGACGCACCCCGGCGCCAGUUCAGCGUGGAGAGCGUGGAGAAGCUGCCCGAGGCCUUCAGCCCGCAGCCCCCUGGCCUUUAUGGCCGCGCCAGCCGCGGACCCAGGCACCUGAGCACCAACAGCAAAGCCGAGGUCACCGUGUGA